UCGGCUUCCCAUCUAUUCUCUCUGCUAUAGACUGCCUUUCCUUUCAGUGCUGUGGGUAAUUUCACAGACUGUACAGGAGUUCUCACGAGCGCUGCUUGUGGACAACCGACCCUACACACCCACAUCUAUCAAGACCGCACAUUCACAUUUCAUGGUUGCACUGUAAAUUAGAUAGAGGGAGUCUAGUACUGUAGCGCGUCAUUCACAGACAAUAUACAAAAAAGAAAUACAAAAUAAUAAUAAUAAUAAUAAUAAAUGGAGUCUGCACCAGAUCCAACAAGCGAUCCGGGCAACAGCGCCUCAGAGCCGGCUACCCCGCUCAGGGACACCCCGGUAAACCUGGAGACUCUCCGAAAAGCUGAACAUCCAGUCCCCGUUCGAAGGCAGAGCUGCUCGAGUACCAGAGGUAUUACAGGAACAAAGAAGACACACACUUCUCAAAUCGAAAUUAUUCCGUGCAAGAUCUGUGGAGAUAAAUCAUCAGGAAUCCAUUAUGGGGUUAUAACUUGUGAAGGCUGCAAGGGCUUCUUCAGGAGAAGUCAGCAGAGCAACGCCACAUACUCCUGUCCUCGUCAGAAGAACUGUCUGAUCGACCGGACCAGCCGCAACCGCUGCCAGCACUGCCGUCUACAGAAGUGUCUCACUGUGGGAAUGUCACGAGAUGCCGUCAAGUUUGGCAGAAUGUCUAAGAAACAACGAGACAGUCUGUAUGCGGAAGUGCAGAAGCAUCGACUGCAACAGCAGCAGCGGGAUCACCAACAGCAGCCCGGGGAGGCUGAGCCACUCACGCCCACCUACAACCUCUCCACCAAUGGGCUGACAGAGCUGCACGAUGACCUCAGCAGCUACAUUGAUGGCCACACCCCAGACGGCAGCAAAGCAGACUCUGCAGUCAGCAGCUUCUACCUGGAUAUCCAGCCUUCACCUGACCAGUCUGGGCUGGAUAUCAACGGGAUCAAACCAGAACCCAUCUGUGACUUCACCGCGGGUUCUGGUUUCUUUCCGUACUGCUCGUUCACAAAUGGGGACACUUCUCCCACAGUGUCAAUGGCAGAGCUAGAACAUUUGGCACAGAAUAUCUCCAAGUCACACAUGGAAACGUGUCAGUACUUGAGAGAGGAACUACAGCAAAUGACCUGGCAGACAUUCCUGCAGGAAGAAACGGAGAACUACCAGAGCAAGCCCCGGGAGGUCAUGUGGCAGCUGUGUGCAAUCAAAAUCACAGAAGCUAUCCAGUAUGUGGUGGAGUUUGCCAAACGCAUUGAUGGCUUCAUGGAGCUGUGUCAGAAUGAUCAAAUAGUGCUUCUUAAAGCAGGUUCAUUGGAGGUUGUGUUGGUCAGAAUGUGCCGUGCCUUUGACUCUCAGAACAACACAGUGUAUUUUGAUGGAAAGUAUGCUGGUCCAGAAGUUUUCAAAGCAUUAGGCUGUGAUGACUUGAUCAGCUCUGUCUUUGAGUUUGGAAAAAACUUGUGUUCUGUGCAUCUGUCUGAAGACGAGAUUGCGUUGUUCUCUGCGUUUGUGUUGAUGUCUGCAGAUCGAUCCUGGCUUCAAGAAAAAGUAAAGGUAGAGAAGCUUCAGCAGAAAAUCCAGCUGGCUCUUCAACACAUCCUGCAGAAGAACCACAGAGAGGAUGGAAUACUAACAAAGUUGAUAUGCAAAGUGUCAACACUUCGAGCACUGUGCAGCAGACAUACAGAGAAGCUGACUGCGUUCAAAGCAAUAUACCCGGACAUUGUGCGUGCCCAUUUCCCUCCUUUAUACAAGGAGCUCUUCAGUUCAGAGUUCGAGCAGCCGAUGCCUAUUGAUGGGUAACAGCCGCUCUCUCAAGCGAACAUUGUCUGGAAUGUUUGAAGUACCAGAGCUGAAUGAAUCUGAGACACUUUACGGAGCCCUGCACACACCAGGAGAGCCGACACGCUGCACAUUUGAGGAUUAUUAUUUUUUCUCUUCUGUUU